UCGGGCCCGCCCCGGGACGCGGCUUCCGGCGGCGGAGGCGCGCGCACGUGUGACGUCAUCGGCCCCGGAAGGGCGGCGGAGGGGGAAGGGGCCGCGGGGCCCGUCCGGUCCGAGCUCCGGGUCCGACCCCGGUCCCGUGUCCCCGCUCCCGCCGAAAUGACGCUCGCCGUCUUCUUCGGGUGCACCUUCAUCGCCUUCGGGCCCGCCUUCGGCCUCUUCAUCUUCACCAUCGCCCGCGACCCGCUCCGCAUCAUCAUCCUCAUCGCCGGGGCUUUCUUCUGGCUGGUGUCACUGCUGCUCUCGUCCCUCAUCUGGUUUAUCGCAGUGAAAGCCAGCGACCCCCAGGAUGAGCGGCUGCAGAAGGGGCUCCUGAUUUUUGGGGUGAUGUUCUCUGUGCUGCUGCAGGAGGCCUUCCGCUUCCUUUACUACAAGCUCCUCAGGAAGGCCAUCGAGGGGCUGGUGGCCCUCAGUGAGGACGGCUGCUCCCCAAUUUCCAUUCAGCAAAUGGCAUAUGUGGCUGGUGUAGGCUUUGGUCUCAUGAGUGGCGCCUUCUCCAUGAUCAAUCUCCUGGCAGACGCAUUAGGGCCUGGUACUGUGGGCAUCCAUGGGGAUUCACAGCUGUAUUUCCUGACCUCAGCUUUUAUGACCAUGGUGCUGAUUUUCCUUCACACCUUCUGGGGGAUCCUCUUCUUUCAUGGCUGCGAGCACCGGCGCUGGUGGGAGAUCUCAGCAGUCGUUAUCAUGCAUCUCACUGUUUCGGGGUUGUCGUUUUGCAACCCCCUGUACGUGGGCAGCCUGGUGCCCUCCUACCUGCUGAUGGCUGCUGCCGCUGCCUGGGCUUACCUGCUCUCGGGGGGAUCUGCGCAGAACCUGCGGCGCUUCCUGCUCUGUUUACGGAGCGGAGCCAGCCCCCAACCAGGAUCCUGAGGCCCUGCAGGAUGUUCCGGUCCCCAGCCACCCCUCCCCUCCCCUCCUAUCCUGGCGGCAGGAUCGACCAUCACCUUCUUUGCAAUAUCUUUUCUCCUGGACUGGGGGAUCCCGGCCAGCCCUGGUGGGGCAGGCACUGGGGUCCAGCUGUGGCAGCCAGCCGACCAGUGUGGCUGAGACUGGCUCACUCCAACGCCCCUUUGAGAGUCCCCAUAAAACACUUCAGUUUUGGGGGACCCAACUUUGCUGGCCCUGCUGUGAGCUCAGCCCCAGUUAGCCUGCCUGUGACUGCCGGAGGCUUGAGCCCAAAGAAACCCAUCGCUUCUCCCCCCGCUGCCACAGAUGUGUUGUCCCCGUGCCAGGGCAGGGGGCCCGCAUUGCCUCCUCGCUGCAGGGUGGAGGAAGGGGCAUUGCAAAGUGCUGCUGUGCCCUGCGUCAUGGCUGACUGCUGUUGUGCUCCUUUCUCCACCUCUCUGCCCACUCCUGCUGCCCCAGGAGCCACAGCCCUGGCAGGGCUGAGCUGGAAUCCUGGUGCAGCAGGAUGGUGCUGGGGGACCCGUGGGUACUGACAGUAUGCAGAAUGGGAGGAGAGGGAAAAAGACAGUAUCCAAAGGACCCAGUGGCCGUGGAGGGUGGUGGAGGGCUUGGGAGGAGAUGCAAUGCCACAGCUGUUGCCGGCACAGAUUUGGGAGGGGGUUCAAGGGACCAUUCCAAUGGAUCAUUGCCCUCUCCUGUUCUUGGGGAUUUUCAGGCGGGUACCAGCCCUGGUUCUGUGCCACAGGGCUGGGAGGGAGAAACUGCCAUCGGGCUGAAAAGGCAGUUUUAUCCACAGUGGGCUUUUAUACCAAUAAAAUUAAGUACCACAGACAA